ACCAUCAGUGUAAUGAUGUGCACAUGUCACUCAAACACCGAGCCAAUUAGAAAAACCAACCUGACAACGAGAUCUAAUGUGAGAUGAAUUAAGAGCUCCCAUUUAAUUGCAGGCAAGGCCUCUGGGUCACACACAUUUUGUUGAUUUUCUUCCUGAAACUGUGUGAGAAGAACAGACAGGGAAAUGGCUCCUGCAAGGAAAAAGCAAAGAGUGCAAGUGGUUAAAAGUGACUUAGCAGCUAGUGAGAGCCAUGAAACCAGACCACAUGACCCGCUGACUAUUGUGAGUGUAUUGAAAGAUGCUGCUCCUCAUUGUCCUAGUGCGGAGCUCCCACCAGAGGCAGAUGAAGCGGAGCAGUUGAAUAUCCGAAGGAGGACAUAUUUUGUUCAUGGAGCUGACGCCUUUGAAGAAAAUGAGCCUUGUGUUAUCCAGCAUGCCCAAGUGGAGGCCUCCAAUACUGUAGAUGAAAAGAUCAGACGCCUCACGUAUAUUGUAAAACCAUUUCCUCCUGAAGGUGCAGAAAACCCUUUGAACUGCAAUCCAGGAAUAGAGAUGACCCAUUCAGAGAUGGAGAUAACAGGAAUACAGUUUCAGCCUUCAACACUCCAAGAUUUAAAACCCAAAAAGCGAAGUGGAAGGAAGAAAAAAACUGUGCCAGCAUUACAGGCAGAAGCUAAGUCAGAAAAUGCAGAUGAUAAAAAGGAAAAUGAAAGUCUUAUCUCCAAUGCUCCUGCUGAUCGUAAAUCCAGAAAGCGUGGUCCAAAAAAAUCUGCAAGUAGCAAUGAUGUCCAGGUUAAGGCACUGGGAUCUGAAAAUGAAACAGAGGUCUCUACGGUCAAAGCCAAAGGUAGAAGGAAAAAGGCACAAGGUCAUGAAAAUGAAACCAUCUCAACUAAAUCUGAUCAGAAGAAACCAGUGAAAAGGGGCAAAAAGAAAACCGCAGAUUAAGUAAAACCCAUUGGGGAUGAUCUUCAUAGUAACAUUACCUUUUGAUAAAUCUUGCCUGUCGUUUCCUGAUGCUUAAUUUUUAACCACAUAUAAAAAUUUCAAAUAAUAAAAAUCAAGAUAUUUACAAUAUACAAUGCAUUUGGGGAAGUCUUUAAACCCUUUUUACUUUAUUUUUAUUUAUUUUUCACAUUUUGCAGUCUUGCGCAAAGAAAGUAAAAUACAUUUUCCCUAUCAUUCUGCGCUCAGUAUCCACAAUGAAAUGUUAGAAAACUUUGCUAGUUUAUUGAAAAUGAGAAACUGAAAUAAUGCAUUGACUUAAGUAUUCAGACCCUUUACUCAGUACUUAUUUGAGAAAAAAAUGUACAGCCUUCAGUUUUCUUGGGUAUGAUGCUGCAAGGUUUGCAUACCUGUAUUUGGGUAUUUCUGCUAUUAUUCUAUGCAGAUCCUCUCAAGCCUUGGCAGGUUGGAUGAGGCAGGUCUGUAGAAGCCAUUGGCAGGUGUUCAACUGGGUUUAAGUCAAGGCUAUGGCUUAUCAAUUUAAGGACAUUUAUAGAGUUGCUCCGAAGCUGCUCCUGUGUUGUCUUGGGAUUCUUAUUUAAAUGUAAAUCUUCGAACUAGUGUAUUAUCACAUGGUUUUCACGUUCUAAUUAUGGGGUACUAAGCGCACUUUAUGUUUUGAGACAAGGCGUCAACAUAAAAUAUAAAACAGGUGAAAGGGUCUGAAGACUUCCCAAGUGCAUUGUAUAUUAGGAAAUUGUGUUUAAAGAAUAAAAUAACUAUUUAAUAUAAGUGAAUAUAUUUUUAA